UCUGCUCCCAGGAAACAACACGCACACACACGCACACACAGAGUUGUGUCGGGUCUUCAGCUGGGCUUUUUGAGUUUUACCUUCGCGCACUCACACCCACGCGCGCACCGGGGAUGGUCCUGGAGGUCUCUGGAUGUACUAACGCUGCGCAGGAGCCAUGAAGGUGACGGUGUGUUUCGGGAGGACGCGCGUGGUCGUUCCGUGCGGAGAUGGGACGUUGAAAGUCCACAAUCUGAUCGAACAAGCCGCCAUGAGGUACAGGAAGGCCAUUGGAAAGGACCACAACUAUUGGGUUCAGGUCCACAGGCUUGAACAUGGAGAUGGAGGCAUUUUGGACCUUGAUGAUAUGCUGUGUGACGUGGUUGAUGACAAAGAUAGAUUGGAAGCAGUAUUUCAAGAGCAGGAUCCACACAAUGGAGGUGAUGGUACCAGCACCAGCUCCACAGGAACUCAGAGUCCAGAUCCCUUUGCCAAUAAGAUGAGUCCAACUUCGGCCUUUCAGCCUUACCAAGCUAACAGUGAGAUCGAAGUUACUUCAACGGCUCUGCGAUCUAGGUAGAGGAACCCAUGCCUAUCGAAGUCUUCCUCGAGAUGCGAGUGGCUGGACUGCACAGUUUCAGAGAGAGUUGACUCGAUCCUCUCUUAGUGCCAACCAUCCAAUGGUGGACCGAUGGCUUGACCGACAGGAACAGAGGCAUGCUCAAACCAGUUGAAGUGUCCAAUGAAGGAGGGCCCCUGGGCAUCCAUGUAGUCCCUUUCAGUUCACAAGAUAUUAGGACACAGGGUUUGCUGGUGAAGCGUUUGGAGCCUGGAGGAAAAGCUGAACAGGAGCAUCUAUUCCAGGAGAAUGACUGCAUAGUGAAGAUUAAUCAAGGGGACAUUCGCAAUUUGCGCUUUGAACAAGCACAGAACAUUUUCAGGCAGGCCAUGCGUUCCCGGGUCAUCCUUUUCCAUGUCGUACCCUCAUCCAUGAAGAGGCAGUACGAGGUCAUGUCGGCACAGAGUGAGCCCAAUACGCCACAAUCAAAUCGAGUCCACUUUAGCCAAGAUUCUCACCCUCCAACAGACAGGUUGAGUCUGGUUUUGGGAUUACCAUCCAAAUCUGGACAACUGCCAGGUCUAAUCUACAAUCACCAGAACCCCCUGGCUGGGAGCACCCCAGAUCAAAGUCGACGAUAUUCUACUUUGCCCUACAACUCACUUUUCACAACUUCCUCAGCCCUCUCACCCUCCCUGCAGCGUAGGGUAAGCACAACCCCAUCCAGCAGCACCUACCUGAAGAAAAAAGGCCACAGCUUCAACAUCAAGCUAAAAAAAGGUCCAGAGGGUCUUGGGUUCAGCAUCACAUCUAGAGAUGUCCCUAUUGGUGGAAGUGCUCCCAUUUUCAUCAAAAACAUCCUUCCUCGAGGGGCUGCCAUCCAAGAUGGUCGACUGAAAGCAGGAGACCGACUGCUGGAGUCUUUGUAG